AUGUACAGAGUUGAUGAUCCCUCUAUAAAUCAUAUUAAUUAUGCUCAACGUUGCCGAACUUGGUUCGUCAAUGAACCAUUACCAGAUGUUUAUCUAAAUGAAUUACUACGAAGGCCAUGCCCUUGCUCUAUCCUUCAAGCUAUUCGUGAUAGACGAUUUAGAUUAAACUUGAAUACAUUUUACGUGAGAUCAAGGUUUUCACGAAGAGUUUUCAGUGGCGAGUGUGUAUAUCAACGAUGCUGCUACUCUUUAGCAGGAAAAUCUUUCGGUUCAUUAAUUACUAAUUAUCCCUUUGGAAGCUCAUUUAUUUUCAGGAAUACUACCUUACAAGCCAGAAACAAUGAGGCUCUAACGGAUUGUUGCAUGCGAUCUAGCCUAUGUAGUCUCUACUUGAAGAAAAGACCUAUCAAUAAAUGUGUUGGAUAUAAAGCAUCGCGAAAAGCGUGGUUCUGGGGUGAUCCUCAUAAUCCCAAAUAUUUUACAAUUUUUGGCCAAUUAUGGAUGAUUAACGCUAGUGAUUCACUUUUUAUCUAUUCUAAUGGUCUAUCGGCUAGUAAUUAUUCAGAUUUAAACUUUACGCCAAUCUUUGGUCAAAAUAUUCAAGCAUUAUUUGCUAAUAAUACGGAGCUCUAUAACCAAGCCGUAGCACAAUGCGGUAAUAAUAGUGAAUGUUUAUUUGAUGCUGCUGUCGUUAGUAAAGAUACAUCUCAGACAUAUCAAGAUACAAGUAAUCAAUUAGAAAAUUUCCCCCCUCAAAUUUCUGGAUUGACGACAUAUAAUGUCACUUAUGGAAAUAUGUUUACUACAACAUUGAACAUAACAGAUCCUAAUAAUGGCGACAUUGUUACAGUCGCGAUCAUUAAUCCUCCAAUAAAUUCCCAUUUCGAUAGACAAACUUACACAUUUACAUGGAAUAUAUCUACCUAUGAGAAUAUUUCAUUAACAUUUGUUGCUACAGAUAAUAAAGGAGCAAGAAGCGAGCUUGCACCUCAAAUUAUUAUGUGCUAUUGCUCGAAUAAUGGCACAUGCGAUUACCCAGCCGAAAUGGCUACUGUUGAUAAUGUUGAUCAAGUUAAAUGUAGAUGCAAUCCUGCUUGGACUGGUAAUCAUUGUACACAAGAUUUUAAUGCAUGUGCAGAUCAACCAUGCUUCAGUAAUGCUACUUGUACGGACAAUAUCGCUCCGAUGUCUGGCUAUACAUGUAGUAAUUGCCCAAUAGGUUAUGUCGGUGAUGGCUUGAAAUGUUCUGAUUAUGACGAAUGUUUAAAUGGCACACAUGCAUACAGUCAAACUUGUAUUAACGAAGAGGGGAGCUACAGUUGUCAGUCUUUACCUGGCUAUACUCUGAAUAGUGAUAAUAGAGGAUGUACUGAUGUUAAUGAGUGUAUUACUGGAUCAAAUAACUGCAGUAAUGUCGCUACAUGUACUAAUCAAAUUGGUUCUUAUAGCUGCGCUUGUAAUUCGGGCUAUGUAGGCGAUAGCAUAAACUGUUAUGACGUAGAUGAGUGUCAAAAUAUGUCUAAUAAUUGUAGCCAGAUUUGUAAUAACACCAUCAGAAGUUAUACAUGUUCAUGUAUUCAAGGUUACGAGUUAAGUAGUGAUAAACUUACUUGCGUGGAUAUAAAUGAAUGCCAACGAUUUAGACCAUGUUACCAAGUUUGUAUUAAUACAGAAGGAUCGUUUACAUGUGAGUGUGAACAAGGUUUUGAACUAAAUAAUAACAACCUAACAUGUAGCGUUAGCGAUCCAUGUGAUUUUGGACAUAAUUGUUCGCAAAUUUGCAACUAUAUAAACGGAUCUGAAAUAUGUUCAUGUAUGAAAGGUUACGCGCUAACAUAUGGAAGUCAGACUGAAUGUGAAGAUGUCGAUGAAUGCAGCCUCAAUCCUAGUCCAUGUAAUCAACUAUGUACAAACAACGAUGGUAGCUGUACAUGUAGUUGUAUGAACGGCUAUCGAUUUGGUUCAGAUGGUUGGACAUGUGACGAUAUUAAUGAAUGUUUAGAAAAUAAUACCUGUAGUCAAAAUGCAAACCGUACAAACGCACAUGGUUCAUAUUGUGUUAGCGCGUAA